AUGGAUACCAGUACUGGUACGGGUAGUAAUUCACAAUCUUCGACUGCUGGAGCUGUCAAUAGUGAACAAUCAGCCAGUCAAAAUCAUAGACAAAAGUCUGAUAUAGCAUGGAAAUAUUGUUCAGUAGGUGUGAAUAGUCAAGGAAGAAGAACUUUGACAUGUGGGAGAACAAGGCAGUGGAAAUAUUGUUCAGUAGGUGUGAAUAGUCAAGGAAGAAGAACUUUGACAUGUGGGUAUUGUUUUAAAGUAAUUGCUGGUGGUGGCAUUCAUCGAAUGAAACAACAUUUGGCAGGAGAACAAGGCAGCAUUGUUCCAUGUUCAAAGGUUGACCCGACAGUUAGACAUGCUAUUUUAGCAUCUAUGAAGGAGAAGGAGCAGAAAUCUAAAGAAACAAAAGGUGAUUUUGGGGUGGAAAAUCCAUUCGGCCACACUACUCAUUCAUUUGAUGGCGAUGAAGUUUUGGAGAUUCCUUCUUCUUUAGCAAAUAAGAUGGGUUCAUCUAGUAAAAGAAAGAGAAAGGUCACUGCAUCAACAGGUAUUCGUGCUUUUUUUAAAGGUGGAUGUGAUACUUCUCAACCAACCAUUAAAGCUUGUUUGCAAAGUAAGGAAAAAUGGAAAAAUACGGACAUGGCUAUUGCUCUUUGGUUUUAUGAUGCUUGCAUUCCUAUAAAUGCUGUUAAUUCUCCAUUUUUUCAAAAAGCUAUUGAUCAAAUAGCAUCAAUGGGUCAUGGUUACAAAAGUCCAUUCUAUCAUUCUUUGAGAGUUAAUUUGUUGCGAAAUGCCAAGAGAGAUGUGAAAUUGGUUGUUGAUUCUUUUAGAAGCACUUGGACAGAAACUGGUUGCACUAUAAUGGGUGAUGGAUGGAAAGACACUAGGCAAAGACCAUUGAUUAAUUUUUUGGUUUAUUGUCCUAAGGGUAUUUCGUUCAUUAAAUCUGUGGAUGCAUCUGAUAUUGUAACAAGUGCAGAAAAUUUGUGCAAUUUAUUUGCUGAAAUUGUUGAGAUGGUUGGUUCAAAUAAUGUGGUGCACUUAGUUACUGAUAAUGCUAGCAAUUAUAAAGCUGCUGGGUCUUUGUUAAGUGAAAGAUAUCCGAACAUUUGUUGGUCACCGUGUGCUGCACACUGCAUCAAUUUGAUUUUGAAAGACAUUGGUGAAAUGAAUGAUGUAAAAGCUAUAGUGUCUCUUGCUUCAACGGUGACUGUUUUUAUUUACAAUCAUAAGUUCACUUUGAAUUGGUUAAGAAAGACUACAGGGUGGAAAGAAAUUAUUCGUCCAGGUGAAACUCGAUUUGCAACUACCUUUAUUGCAUUAAAAAGUUUGCAUGAUCAUAAGGAUAGUUUGCAAUCUUUGGUUACUAGUGGGGAUUACAAACAAUUUCUGAGAAUAGAAAAAGGAAAAGAUGUGAAGCAAAUCGUUUUGGAUGAAAGGUUUUGGAAUAACUGUUUGAUUAUGGUGAGAAUAAUGGGUCCUAUCAUUCGUUUAUUGCGUAUUUGUGACACUGAUGAAAGGCCUUCAUUGGGUUAUGUUUAUGAAGGCAUGUUUAGAGCAAUAAAUGGCAUCAAAAGGCUGUUUAGAAAUAAAGAGAGAUUGUACAAGCCUUAUAUUGACAUCAUCAGUGACAGGUGGGAUAGAAUGUUGAGAAAAAAUCUACAUGCUGUCGCUUAUUAUUUGAAUCCUGCUUUUCAAUAUGAGAGUGCCACAUUUUGUACACAUCCAGAGGUUAUAAAUGGCUUGCUUGAUUAUAUUGAAACAAAAGUGGAUUGGUGCAACCCUGAAAAAUUAUCGCAAGAGAUUGGAAUGUAUCGGGAAAGACAAGGGAGUUUUGGGCGCAAACUUGCUAUUCUUACUAGCAAAUUUGAUCGGCCAGAAAAUUGGUGGAAGUUAUAUGGUUGUGAUACUCCGAAUUUGCAAAAGCUUGCAAUUAGAAUUUUGAGUCAAACUGCUUCUUCUUCUGGGUGUGAACGUAAUUGGAGCGUUUUUGAACGCAUUCACACUAAAAAAAGGAAUAGGUUGGAGCACCAAAGACUUAAUGAUCUUGUAUAUGUGCACUACAAUUUGCGUUUGCAACAUAGGUUUGAUCACCGAAAGAGAUCUUAUGAUCCCAUUGAUUAUGAAUCUAUUGAUAAAACGGAAUUUUGGGUCAUAGAAGAAGAACAAGAUGGCGAGCUUAAUUGUGAUGAAUUGGAGGAAGAACUCGAAGAACUUCCUAAAGAUGAUUCUCAACUAGUUGAAGAUGAUGAAAGUGAAGUUGGGGAAGAUAAUGAUAUUGAUUUGGAAGCAUUUCAGCGUAGGCGCCUUUUGGAUGAUGAUGAAGAUAAUGAUUGGUAA